AUGCGUCCUACCGCCCUCGUACCGGCGCUCUUCUGCGCUGGGUCACUGGUACUCACGUUUCUGUGUCUCUUCGCAGGGCACAAGAGGGACUUCAUGGAGAACUAUCACCUCGUCACUCUCAACACCUCACGUAUUGGCCAAAACCUGCUGAAUUCGUCAACCGCUGGCAACCCCAACGACCCCUUCUCGGUCCUCUUCCACAACCUCACAAACGCCUUCAAUGGCGAAAUCGACGAUCUCGUGGGCGAUCUAGCAAAGGAGCUUGGCUUAGAAGACUUCUACAGCGCCCACAUCCUCGACUACUGCUACGGUUCCUACGUCCCGGGUCCCCUCGUCAACGCGACCGUAUCGCACAAGGACAUCCACAAGAACGUUACCAAAUGCAUGAACACGACUGCUGGCUACGAAUUCGACCCCACUGCCGCUUUGGAGACCAGUCUAAGAGAUAACGGCAUCAACGUCACUCUGAAAGAGCUGGACUGGCCCGACGACAUUCAAAAGGGCAUCAAGACGGUCCAUAUUCUUCAAAAAGUCGUCUUUGGCUUCUACUGCGCCGGCAUCGCCCUCACUUUCAUCGCCCUGCUGGCUGCUCUAGCCGCUAUCUUCGCCAGUGGCCGGCUUAUGGCGCUUGUCAACAUCUUGGUAUCCGCGCUCGCUUGGAUCGUUCUGGCCAUUGCGUCUGCUAUGGUCACAGUCGUGAUUGACAAGUCGAGCAAUACCGUCAAUAAGUACGGCAAACAUAUCGGCGUUGAGGCUCACCGUGGCGCCAAGUUUUUGACCAUCACGUGGGUGGCUACAGCGCUGGUGAUACUGGCUAGUAUUGCUUGGUGCUUCGAGUGUGUGAUUGGGAGCAGGAGGCGUAGGCAGUCUGCCUAUGUUGGUAAGCAGGGUUAA